AGGAUUCACUCCACAUCUAAAUCUAGUCUGUGCACAAACAGCCCCAAUAGCAAAUUCAUAUAUGCUUUCCAUUACGUUUAUGUAUUGGUGGGAUCAGUGUGUUUAAACCUAUCUCGUUAAAGUGGCUGUUGCACUCCACUUCUGUGUUGGCCACCUGUGUUAGUGUCGUGUUUUAGGUAGAUGGAGUAAAACGUUCAUGAACGCUUUUUCAAAAACUGCCGGAUGUGUGGCAACAAAGACGCCUGCCUUUGAACAUCAGUGGCAGUUUCUGUUGACACCAGAAGUGCCUCUACGAGCUGCCACCGUUCGAGCUGGCCCUUUCUGCACUAUUGCCGUCCAGGAAAGAUCUUCGCUGACAACAUGGACAUCCAGGGUCAACAAAAUGUUAGCAGCUGUGUAGAAAACAUCGUAGAGAUGGUUGACAUGGACGAAGAAAACGUCGCUACUUCCAGUUCCUCUGCGACAGAUUCUGCUUUCGACGCUGUUAUCGGCUGCAUAGAGACCAUCAUCAUGGAGGAGGAGUUUCAGCAGCUUCAGCAGAGUUUCAUGGAGAAAUACUACCUGGAAUUUGACAACUCUGAUGAGAACAAACUCAGCUACACACCCAUCUUCAAAGAAUAUGUCGAUCGACUGGAGAAACACUUGGAGCAGCAGCUGAUGGAGAGAAUCCCCGACUUCAACAUGAACUCUUUCAUAGAGCUGCUCAUGCAGCACAAAGAAGAGGUGGCAGGUGACAUCUUUGAAAUGCUGCUGACGUUCACAGAUUUCAUGGCCUUUAAGGAGAUGUUUCUGGAAUACAGAGCUGAGAAGGAGGGCCGAGGUCUGGACCUGAGUCAGGGGCUGGUGGUCACACCUCUGAUGCCUUCAGGCUCCAGACGCAGCAGCUCCACUGAAUCACAGGGACACUCGCACGAGUCAAACCCUUUUUGAAUCUGAUCCCUUUGUCUAAUUAGUUUUUCAAUGUAGUAGAACCAAUGUUUUAUGAAGGUUUUAUUUAGUCACUCUAACCCUAACCCUAUUGAACUGAGUUUUCUGCCUGUGAAAGUGAUAUGUAAUGUGUAUAGUGAUUGUGUGUGUGUCUGUAGGUGUGUGUGUGUGUGUGUGUGUGUCUGUAGGUGUGUGUGCACGUCUGCAAUCAGAAAUAAGUUUGUCCUAGUUUCCAGUACAAUGUCCAAGUGUUUUCUACUUGUCUUAACAUGAACUGUGAGAACUGUAUAUUUAUGCCACUGCU